CAAAAGCUCUGUAUAACUGGCUUUCCUACACUUUCCUACACGCUGAAAGGCCAUAAUUCUGUGCGUGACAUGUUUGAGUCGUAUUUCUCAGUCGAAAGCGGCGUUGCUCGUUUGGCAGAAGUUGUCUAUCUAUCGUCAGAGUGGGAGUUACUUUCAACUAACUGUUUGGACGCAGCUCGGACUACAUAGACAGACAGAACAAACUCUCUUUAUACGUUUUGUGGCAUUGUAUAAUAGUUUGUGGACAUAUUCUGGUGAAGUUGGAGCAGAUUCGUGCAGGAACGGAAGCAAGACUGAAGAAAGUUUAACAAACGCCGAGGCGCUGAAUCACAUUUUCCAUGAAGAUACAACAAUGAAUAAUCGACUUUCAUGAAGCAGCUUUCUGAAUUUUGUAUCGAAACAAUCUAACGCGACGUCUUAAGAAAUGAUUCGUUCAUUUGUAUGUUUUUAAGAAAGCUUUUAUAGAAAACAUUGGAUAAUAGUAAUGUUUUACUAGUUCAAUCGAUGGUCUACAGGUUUAUACGUUAAAUCGAUUAGAAGCGAAUUUUUUCAUUUAUCGAGAUACUAUAUGUUCGCCAUGUAGCUUUUUUUCUCCAUGGUUCUGAGAUGGUUGUGUUGUGGAUUUGUGUCGUGGGAGGAAUGUAAGUGGAAGUGUCUCUCAUGGAGCUUCAGGUGCUAUGCGGAUUGCUCUACUGCUGCUUGCUGCCCAUCUCUUUACUGGCAGCCUCCAUCUUUCGCUACAAUGCUCUCUCUUUAGUCUACCUUCUUUACUUGCUGCUAUUACCAUGGUUUCAGUGGCCCAACAAACACACACUACGAGGACACACUGGACAUUACAUCAAGUCCCUUUUCAGCACCAGUCUGAUUUUCCUCUUGGCACAUGCCAGCCUCCAGAUCUGCCUAUAUACCAUCCCCAGCCUUGAUGAUGCACUGGGGCAUAACUGCAGCUCAUGGGAGACUCUAUCAAGACAUAUUGGAGUGUCCAGGCUUCCGCUGGAGGAUCCGUGGAGCAUGGUGUGGCUUCUGACCCCAGAUCUUGGCAUCUUCAUCAUUUCUCUGAUCAACCUGAUACUGUGUAGCCGUCUGGUGAAGAAGAGAGAGGAGGGUCCCAAUACUCACAUGUCUACACUUCUCCAGGAGGAGGAUGAAAUAGAAGAUGAUGAUGAAGGAGAAGAUGAGGAAAUGUUAUCCUGUAGUGAGACAGAAGAAGAGGAGAGUCCUUACUCAAGCAGUGGUGCGGCACAGUUAGCUGCCCGCCUCCGUGCCACAGCACAGCGCUUCCUCAAGAACAUGGGCCGUAUCCUGGCCAUCACACUACUAGCACUAGCUGGAAUCACUUUACCUUCUUCAUUUUCUGCCUUCUACUUCCUUCUCUUUAUUGGAGUGUGCACAUGGUGGGCUUGCCACUUUCCCAUCAGCCAUCUGGGAUUUAAUGCAUUGUGCGUGAUGGUGGCCUUCUUCACAGGGGGACACCUGGUGUGUCUUUACUUGUAUCAAAGCUCAUUUGCGCAAGACAUGUUCUCCCCAGCGAGCCUGUGGGCCAGACUAUUUGGCCUGAAGGAUAUAAUAAAGCCUGGAAACUGUUCUUCUUUUGACAUCACCCUCAACAUGGAACAUGACUGGCCAGUGUUCAUCAAUCCUGGCAUUCUUCUCCUCUUGUACAUCUCUGUGACUAUUCUGCUGAAAAUCAACAGUUACAGUCAUGGCCACAUGGACAAGACCGAUGAGGGUGGAGCAGUUGAAGCAGUACAGGGUGAGGCUGGAGAGGAAGUGGAGCUCAGGCAAUGGGAGGCAAGGAGACAUAGUAAUGAAGAUGACACUAAGCAAACGCUUCUCACCAAAGGAGAGUCACCGGUGUCUGAAUCACAAAUCUCUAAAGAACCUGUGACCAAUGGUUCAAGUCAACAUGACAUAGGGCCCUGUGGAGAGGCUGCAGCCGAUAAUCCUCUUCGCCUGGUGGGACGAAUGAUCUUGCAACAAAGUUACAUUUGUGCCCUUAUAGCUAUGAUGGUGUGGAGUAUAACAUACCAUAGUUGGCUGACAUUUGUGCUCCUGCUGUGGUCGUGUGUUAUCUGGAUGCUGCGGGCACGUCAACGCUUUGCCACUCUUUGCUCUCCCUUUAUCCUGCUGUAUGGCUUAGCACUUUGCUGCCUGCAGUAUGUGUGGGCCAUGGACCUAGAAACGGAACUGCCCCAGCACAUUGGCACCAUGAGCCUGCACCAGCUGGGUUUGGACCGAGCACAGUACCCCUGUUUGCGCUUGGGAGCCAUGCUGCUGUUUACCUUGACAUUUUGGCUUUUACUGAGACAGUCGGUAAAGGACAUGUUCAGCAGGAAGAAGAGAGUGACUGCACCAUUGCAGGAGGUAACCACUGGAGAGAACACAGGUCGAAAUGAGUCGAUUUUGAAGGUGUUGGGUGGGCUGGUGAUGAGUCUGUACGCUAAGUACUGGAUCUACGUGUGUGGAGGCAUGUUCAUCAUGGUCAGCUUUGCAGGGAAGUUGGUAGCCUACAAGAUCGUCUACAUGCUGUUAUUUCUGCUCUGCCUGUGUCUGUAUCAGGUGUACUAUUCUCUGUGGAGGAGGUUGCUAAAGGCCUUCUGGUGGAUGGUGGUGGCCUACACCAUGGUGGUGCUCAUUGCUAUUUACACCUUUCAGUUUGAGGAUUUUCCAGGCUACUGGGGAAACUUCACUGGAUUCACAGAAGAUCAGUUGGCUGACAUGGGACUGGAGACAUUUAAACUAUCUGAGCUCUUCAGCAGUAUCCUGAUCCCAGGCUUCUUCCUGUUGGCCUGUAUUCUACAGCUUCACUACUUCCAUAAGCCCUUCAUGAAGAUCACAGAUCUGGAGAAUGUUACUCCCAUCCACAGGAAGAGAGGUAUAGAGAAUCCGGAUUUGGUUCGUUCCACAGAGGAAGUACGAUUUGAGGAGGAAAAUCUCAUUACAGAGCAAGGUGAUGAUCCAUCAGAGGUUGACGAAGCAAUACCCAGCAAGUGGGCACUGGUGAUGGACAGACUACUGGUGCUAUCUAGGAAAUUCUCGGACACCUUGACCCACAUCCAGAGUUUCAUUUGGAGAGUAUUGGAGCUGCACAUCGUUAAAAUUGUGGCUUUUUUUGUCGUCUGGGUGGCACUAUUAGAGCCAACUGCAAUGAACUCGGUCCUGGUUGUGCUGUGGAGUUUUGCCAUGCCUUACGGCCGUUUCAGAGCGAUGGCCUCCUGUCUCUCCACCAUCUGGGUUUGUGUCAUCAUCGUCUGCAAGAUGCUGUACCAGCUCAGUGUCGUCAACCCUGCGGAGUACUCCAACAACUGCACCAUGCCAAUGGUCAAUGAGACCAGUCUAGAACUGGAUGAAGUUCUGAACUCCACGCUAUAUAAAGCACCUGUGGACCCAGCCAACUGGUUUGGUGUUAGGAAAGAUACUACUGUCCUCGGUUACACAAAGGAUCAUCUGCUGGUCCUGAUGCUGCUUGUGUUUGAGGCAACAGUGUACCGGCACCAGAUUCAUCACUACAGACAAAAGCAGUGCUCACCUCCCCCAAUUCCAGUCAUCUUUCCCCAGGCCACCCGUGACACGCUGGACAAAGGUCUCCUCCACUGCAUCAAAUACCUGCUCAACUACAGCUUCUACAAGUUUGGCCUUGAAAUCUGCUUCCUCAUGACUAUGAAUGUAAUUGGCCAGCGAAUGAACUUCCUGGUUAUUAUCCACGGCUGUUGGUUGGUAGCCAUCAUGGUGCAGCGGCGCAGAGCAGCCAUUGCUAAGAUCUGGUCAAAAUACUGCUUGUUUCUGGUUGUCUUCAUGAUAUACCAAUAUGUUUUGUGUGUGGGCAUCCCUCCCGCACUCUGUAUAGAUUACCCUUGGAGAUGGAAAACAUCUGUAACUAUCCAUUCAGCUCUGGUUAAAUGGAUCUACUUACCUGAUUUCUACACCAUCCCCAACUCUAGGAACCUCAUAUCGGACUUCCUUCUGCUGAUGUGUGCUUCUCAGCAGUGGGCUGUGUUUGAAAAUGAGAAAAAGGAAGAGUGGAUGGUCUUGGGAGGUGAGAACAAAGACAACCCUGAGCCCAUGGAGGAUAUGCCCUUCAACCCAGCCCCAAACUUCAUCAACUGCAGGUCCAAUCUGGACAUGGCAAAGGUCCUGGUGUUCCGGUACAUGUUCUGGUUUGUGCUGUCGGUGGUGUUUGUGACCGGAGCCACUCGGAUCAGUGUGUUUGGUUUGGGGUAUCUUAUGGCCUGCUUCUUCUUCCUGCUCUUCGGCACACGGCUGCUGAUCAAGCCAUCACGUACACGUCUGGUCAUGUGGGACUGUCUGAUCAUUUACAAUGUGGCUGUGAUCAUUUCCAAGAACAUCCUGUCUAUCCUGGCCUGUGUGUUUGUGUUGGAGAUGCAGAAGAACUUCUGCUGGGUGAUUCAGCUCUUUAGUCUGGUGUGCACAGUCAAAGGAUACUAUGACCCUAAUUCAGUGUCUGAUAAUGAAUGCUCACUGCCUGUGGAAGAAGCUGGCAUUAUUUGGGACAGUAUCUGUUUCUUCUUCCUCCUGCUUCAGAGAAGAGUCUUCCUCAGUUUUUAUUUCUUGCACGUAUCUGCAGAUCUUCAAGCAUCAGCGCGACAAGCCUCUCAGGGUUUUGAGCUGUUCCGAGCCAGCAUUAUAAAGAACAUGCAUUUCCAUCAGCAGGCAGAGAAAAAGUCACUUCAGCAGCUAAAGGAAUCGAUGAAACGCAUACGUGAAAAACAGCAGAAAUAUAAAGAAGGACGUAAAACUUCAGAUAGAGUGGAGCAGCAGUCAGGCUCCAAGGAACAGAAGAAGGAGAAAAAGCUAUCAAAGUCCAAAGGUUGGCAGUAUCCUUGGAUGGACCAUGCAACUGUGUUGCAUUCUGGGGAAUACUACAUGUUUGAGUCUGACAGCGGAGAGGAAGAUGAAUCCUUUCAGGAGGAACAGAAGCCUCGUCAACAGACUGCCUUUCAGCUGGCAUAUCAGGCUUGGGUCACCAGUGCAAAAGAAGCCCUGAAAGACCGUCAGCAGAGACAGAGAGAGCAGAGAGCGGAAGCAAAGAAACAACAAACCUCUCAGGCUACAGCAGAUGAUGCUGAGGAGGGUGAAGCAGUUUCUGAUGGGAACUCCAAAGAAGUGGAGGAGAUGCAAGAGGAAGGAGAUGAUACUGCAUCUCAAGCCACUGGCAGUGACAUAGUGCAGAGGAUUCUGGACAUACUGAAGUUCCUGUGGGUGCUUUUCCAGGCCAUGGUGGACGGAUUCACUCUGUGGCUUAACUUGCUCACCAAGCAGUAUGUAGACACUUCCAUGGUCCUCUCUGAGGAGCGCUACCUCUUCAUUCACAGCAUCAGCCAGAGACCCUCCAGAGAGCCCAUGGAUGAUCAGAUAUCACAGGACAGUAAGAAUCUCACUGUUGAGACAUGCCUCGAUGAAACUGACACAGACAAUGUUCGCUUCAACAGUAAUGUCAAUGUGGUUGAGUUGGAGACACUGGGUGGUUUUCCAAAGUCUCGUGACUUCAGCAGCACAACUCUGUCCUCUGAACUCACAUUAGAGCUUGAUACAGAACCUUUUUACAGCCAACACAGCCACCGCCCUGGACGCUCCAGAACCGCAAGUGAACUGAUUUCAGAAAGGCCGGUCGGUGUUGAGGAGUUGAUACAGAGUCGUGAGUUCUACUCGUCCCAGAACCGACUGCUGAAACUACUCUUUGCGCUCUAUAAUGUUCUGGCGGCCCACUCAGAGCUGGUCUGUUAUUUCAUUAUCGUGCUCAAUAACCUGGUGACAGCCUCUGUCAUCUCACUGGUGCUGCCAAUCCUCGUCUUUCUCUGGGCAAUGCUGUCUGUGCCACGACCUUCCAAGAGGUUCUGGAUGACGGCUAUCAUCUAUACAGAGGUGAUGGUGGUGGUCAAAUACCUGUUUCAGUUCGGCUUCUUCCCGUGGAAUACUGAGUAUGAGCUGAAAUUAAAUGAGGACAAGCCGUUCUUCCCUCCACGUAUCCUGGGCCUGGAGAAAACUGACAACUACAUCCGUUAUGAUUUGCUCCAGCUAUUGGCCCUCUUCUUUCACCGGUCACUUCUCCAGCGUUAUGGUCUCUGGGACCAAGAGGGCCCUCUGGAAGAGAAGAGCAAUGUUUCUUCUGCGGAGAUGAGCAAGAAGGAAAGAGACGAGAAAGUCUUCCAACUCUCAGAUGAAGAGGACAACAAAGCACAGCCAGAGACAGACACGAAGGUGCUGCCAAUGAUACCAUCGACAGAAACACAGACCGAUGUGGAGUUACAGACCGACCCAGAGCCCAGCAUACAAACAAAUACCACAGAAACCCCUGAUAUAGUGAAGGAGGGUGCAAAGAAGAAGAGUCCUUUCCUUCGCUUCCGCAAGAAAAAACAGUCAGAAGAAGACACUAGACAGAAAGAACCCAAGAAGAAGAAAAAGAAGUCUAAGAAAUGCAGCGAGGACACCAGUAAAAAACUAUUGAAUGCCAUUGGAGGAAAACUCACAGGACUUUUUUUAUCCAUAGUCAAGAAUGUCUAUAAGCCCACUUGUGGAUUCUUCCAGAACAUCCUUCAUGCAGAGUAUCGGGCAUCUACUGAUGUCUACGCUCUUAUGUUUCUCACUGAUGUGGUGGAUUUUAUCAUCAUCGUCUUCGGUUUCUGGGCUUUUGGAAAACACUCGGCGGCUGCAGACAUAGCCUCUUCUCUGUCUGAGGACCAGGUCCCUGAGGCAUUUCUAGUCAUGCUCCUCAUCCAGUUCAGCACCAUGAUCAUUGACCGUGCACUCUAUUUGCGGAAGAGCAUCUUGGGAAAGCUCAUCUUCCAGGUUAUACUGGUUUUCGGCAUCCACCUGUGGAUGUUCUUCAUCCUUCCUGCUGUCACUGAGAGGGUGUUCAAUCAUAACUCAGUGGCCCAGCUCUGGUACUUUUUCAAGUGCAUCUACUUCACUUUGUCAGCGUAUCAGAUCCGUUGUGGCUACCCUACACGAAUCCUUGGAAACUUCCUGACCAAGAAAUUCAAUCACCUCAACCUCUUCCUUUUCCAAGGGUUCCGCCUCGUUCCAUUUUUAGUUGAGCUUCGAGCAGUGAUGGACUGGGUUUGGACAGAUACGACACUGUCUCUCUCCAACUGGAUGUGUGUAGAGGACAUCUACGCUAAUAUCUUCAUCAUCAAGUGCAGCCGAGAGACAGAAAAGAAAUAUCCCCAGCCGAAAGGACAAAAGAAAAAGAAGAUUGUCAAGUAUGGAAUGGGCGGCUUAAUCAUUCUUUUCCUCAUUUGCAUCAUUUGGUUUCCACUACUCUUCAUUUCACUAGUUAAAUCUGUAGUGGGUGUGGUUAACCAUCCUGUUGAUGUCACUGUCACAGUCAAGCUUGGCGGUUAUGAGCCUUUAUUCACAAUGAGUGUGCAGCAGCAGUCCAUCCAGCCUUUCACUGAACAGGACUACAAUAAUCUUUCCAACCUGUUUGGAAAAAAUGCUGUGGCUAUGCAGUUUAUUACUAUGUACAACUAUGAAGACAUUGUCACAGCCAACAUUGAGGGCAGCUCAGGGUCAGUGUGGCGGAUCAGCCCACCGAGCAGACAGGAGCUAAUAAAGGAGCUGCUCGGCAGCACAGGUGACAUGACCCUCCGUCUGGAUUGGAUCUUCCAAAGGGACCUGGGGAAAGGUGGAACAGUGGAACAUACUUUUGACAGGCACUCCAUCAGUUUGUCACCGAAGAACCCAGUCAGAGUGGACCUGGCCUCACUGCUUUUGGGCACCCGGAAGGAUCCUGUGCAUGUGCCGCACAUGUUUCCUAACUACAUCAGAGCACCUACUGGAGCUGAAGCAAAACCUGUCAGCCAGCUGUAUGAUGGUGAUGAGGAGGGAUAUCAAGAUGUGACUUUGUCGCUGAUGAGAGAAGCCUCUGUGAAUACCACUGGAGCUCAGGAGUGGUGGGACAUCAGCAUUGCGGACUGCAAGGGGUCCUGUGGCGUCCUACCUAUGGUCAUCUUUAACGACAAAGUUAGCCCUCCAAGUUUGGGCUUUCUAGCUGGAUACGGGAUCAUGGGUCUGUAUGUGUCGGUGGUUUUGGUCAUUGGCAAAUUUGUACGAGGCUUUUUCAGCGAGAUCUCUUACUCCAUCAUGUUUGAAGAACUGCCAUGUGUGGACCGCAUCCUCAAAAUAUGCAUGGACAUUUUUCUAGUGCGGGAAACUGGAGAACUGGAGCUGGAGGAAGAGCUUUACUCCAAACUCAUCUUCCUCUAUCGCUCUCCAGAGACCAUGAUCAAGUGGACUAGAGAAAAGAAUGAAGACUGAAGCUGUUUUGUGACUGGUGUAGCAUCGCAUGGAUGGACAUGCUGCAUCUUAAAGUCCACUUUGGCCUUGAGGCCUGCUGGAAGCAGUAGAGCUAUAUUGCUCUUGUGACAUUGUUGAAUGAUUCUGGGGUCAGGUUAAGCCUCUGUGCAUUAUUCUGUCUGAACUGUUUAGUUUUGUCAGCAAGCUUGAAAAUCUGCCUCUCUUAAAGCGACACAAUGUGAGUGAUUCAGACGCUAGCCAUAAGGACCUGCAGAUGAUAAUCCAGUGGACGCAGAAUGGUAGGACCUUCAAAGUGCAAAUUCAAACACUAGUAGGGUGAACUGGGUCUGGGUCAUAUUUUAUCCCAAAGUAACAGGAAAUUAUUUUA